UUAGACGAACGCAUGUACGGUAAACUUCACGGAAGCGACAGAGACUGCGUCGGCAUGCCUGGAGCAGAGCAAGUAUGGAAGGUGGUGCAUGGAACAGGCUCGUAGAACCAGGAGGGAUUGCCUGUGGGGCCGGAGGGUCCAUGGUGGAGGAGGACGGGAAGUGGAUUUGAUCGGGGCCGGCAGCAGCGAGGAGACUACAGGCGUAGGAUCGGUCGGCGGUGGGUCAUCCGGCAGAGGUGGUGGGCUUGAGAGUACUGGUGGUGGGAGAGGAGGUAUGAAGUCCAAUGGAGUUGGGGGAGGAGAUGACAUGAUCGAAGACGCUGGAUUCACAUAAUCAGAUGGAGGAGGGUUAGAGUCCCAAUGGAAGUGUCUGAUGGAGGAGCAUGAUGAGUGAGUGGUGCUGAUG